GCUUGGUGGGGGGAUAGGGAAGCGGAUGGAGCUAUGCGGACCAGAGAAGAGACAGGUUACAACCUAACAUACCGACUACCCCAGGGAGCUUACCGAGGAUGACAUCGUCGCCGCUACAUGCCUAUUCGAUGUUCGACACUGAAAAUAAAGACAACGAACGGGUAAGCAGCUUGGCGCGUGAGAUGUGACCCCAACGGUAGGCAGCGGACAUAACCAAUCUAGGUAACCAACUCAGGUAACUAAUCAAGGUGAACUAAUCAACGGAGCUAAUCACGAGAGUCCCGACGGAGACUCGGGUGCAGGUACGGGCAGAUACCUAUAUAAAGUCGGGGUUGGGAACGACUCCGAACGUCUUUUUUUGUCUCUGUCUGUCUCUGUCUCCAGGUAUCUCUUAUCUCUACUCUCUACCCCCCCUACUCUCUAGGCCCAAGCUCCGUCGCCUACGCCGUCCACCCACCACCCACCACCCACCAUGGCGUCCGACGACGAGGAGGUCCCCGUGGUCCAGAUCCUCUCGAAGCAGAACUUCUACUCGCAGGCUCUCGUGCCGCUCCCACACCUCACGCUUUCGCGCCUGCCCGCGCUGGGCCCGCGCUCGCUCCGCGUCCGCACCCGCGUGCUCUCCAUCACCGCCAACAACUUCACGUACGCGCGGUUCGGCGACCUGUUCGGCUGGUGGGGGGUGCACCCGCUGCCGGCCGGCACGCCGGCGCCGUACGACGACGCGGCUGCCUACGGCCGCAUCAACUGCUGGGGCUACGCGCGCGUGCUGCGCUCGACCCUGCCCGCCGUCCCCGACGGCAGCUUCGUCUGGGGCUACCUGCCCCUCGGCACGCUGGCGCUCGACCUCGAGUUUGCCGACGCCGCCGCUGCUGCUAGCUCCGGCCCCGAGCCGCGCCUCCUCGUCGCCACCAACGCCUACCGCCGCCCCCUCAUGCCCAUCUACAACCGCUACCUCGUCUUCCGCGCCGGCACCCCCGCCGCCGCCGCCCUCGAGGCCGAGAUCGAGCGCCGCGACCCCGGCGUCGCCUACGACUCCAUCGCGCGCUGCAUGCACCUGACGGCGUACCUGAUGGCGCUCGUCGUGUUCUCGCCGGCGCCGGCCCCCGCGCCUUCGCCGCCCCCCCCUCCCGCGAACCCCGCCGGCUUCGACCUCGCCAGCGCUACCGUCGUCAGCUUCGCCCCGGCGUCCAAGGUCGGGCUGUCCUUCGCCUGGGUGCUGCGGCGCGACGCGCCGGCCAGCGUCGGCCGGCCCCGCGCUCUCGUCGCCGCCGCGAGCGAGCACUCGGCCGCCUUCGCGCGCGCCACCGGGCUCUACGACCGCGUAGUGGUGCUCGGCGGCCCCGACGACGGCCCCGCCGGCCCCGCCGCCCUGCUCGGCGUCGGCCCGCCCGACUCCGUCGUCCUGUGCGACUUCGGCGGGCGCCGCGGCGCGUCCGGCCGCUGGGCCGCCGGCUUCGCCGCCGCGGGGUGCGCGAGCGUGCGACUCGUCGCCGUCGGCGGCGAGCUCCCAGACGAGGCGUCGCUGUCCGCACCCCCGGCUCCGGCCGAGGCCAAGGAGCCGCCGCCGCCGCCGCCGCCGCCGUUCGAGGUCGUGCGCGUCAACGCCGACGACAUGCUGACGGAGGCGGUGCGCCGGCUCGGCGAGGACGGGUACGCGGCGGUGGUGGGUGGGUCGUGGGCGAAGCUGCGACGCGAGGGUCUUCCCGGCUUCCGGGUCACCUGGGGCGAGGGCAUGGAGGACGUGCGGAAGGGGUGGGACCGCUUCGGGCGCGGCGAGGUGCAGGCGGACGAGGGGCUCGCGUUUAGGAUAUAAUCAGGAGGCGGGGGGUGUGGCGAUGCGAGGAUGGGGAUGCGAGAGGAAGGGGGAUAGAGACUAGGUUGAUGCCAGAGCAAUGCAGGCAUCUAGGAUGGAAAUGUCUACGCCCCUCUGAAUAAAAAAAGGAAUCGGAUAUCACAACAUACGCCCAUGUAUUCGACACGUGAGUGGCUGCCCUAGUAGGAAAAAGGGGCGGCGUGCCCAGCUUCACUUCU